AUGGUUGAUUUGCAACGUAAAGAUAACAACAGGUGGUCCCGGAUGGACCUGCUACAAAAGCUGAAGUCGUAUGGCAGACUUCACCAUCAGCUCACCGGUCCAUUCGUCGAGCAAAGAAAGACCACGCAGGGCAAGCUGACACACCUGGAAGACGAAAUAUGGAGCCUCGAGGAGCGCGUUUUCGAGGCAACCGGUGUGUGCCAAGAUCGGCGGGAAGUUAAGGCUAAAGUCAAGCGCACAUUCGCUGUUUACGACGGGUCUCGCGGCGAGUCAGUGCUGCAAACGCUGUCGACCACCCUUGAUGAGCAGAUAAAGGGAGAAAAGGCUGCCAGCAUGGAGCGGCAGUACCUGCGGACGGAUUUGCAGCACUACUUUGCCCGCACCUUUGGCCAGUCGGACUACGAGGAGCGAACGGACAUUAUUACGGUGCUGGCGGAGGUGUUGCGGAUCGAAGCGGCCAGCCAGUCCUGCACGUUGCGCGAAAGUUGCCCUUACCAGCGGGAUCUUCGUUCGUGGUUCCGUUUUGUGUGCGGUCGUUUUACGCAAAACGCGAACAUUCAUUAUCGGCUGUUCGUCCUGUGCCAAGUCCUGCGGCUGCCUGGUGGUAUAAAGUCUUGGGCCGUAGAUCUGGUUCAAUUUAUACCGAUAGCAGACAACUUGGACGAGGCACUGACACUUCAAGAAUUGCGGAAAACGCUAACCCUUGUUGAUGUUAUGAUGCGCCCGGUUGUACAGCGUAACUCGCUCUUCCGUUCCGCUGGUGCGUUGGAUGAGGAAGAACAGUUCACCUGGGUCGAUAGCGAUGGUGAGGGCGAAGAUGCCACCGUCGAACGCAUGCUUCACCCGCUCACGGAGGACGACAUGAACGCAUUACUGGACCAGCUGCCAAUCUCAACAUUAAUGCAGACGCUCAAAAAGUUCAUGUUGAAUACCAACUGCCUUUACGGUAUCGUCACCGCCGCCGAGUUCACCCAGACGCUGCUGACCGGAUGUAGCACCUACGGCUCGCUCGAUCGAUACCGUAAUUUCACCAAACGCCUGGGACGACUCAUCGAUCACACCGUCUCGUAUACAAACUGGCUACUGGAGGAGCCGCUACGACGAGCCCAACUGUAUCCGCUCAGCCAGGGGCACAUGGUGGUCGAGUACAACAAGUUUUUUUACGAAACUGUCAGCGAGCUGUACCGGGUGCGUACCAAUGCCCUUUGGCAGUACCUAGUGUCGCUUCCAUUCGACAAGCUGACGCAAAAGACCGUUGGGCGCAUUUUUAACGAGCUCAUAUCAGGGCAGCUCGGUGAAUCAUCUGUACUGAUGGAUCAUACGUAUCACACUCGCAACCACGAACAGCCUGAGAACGUACUAAAAGAACUCGGAAACGAUGAAUUUUAUUACGUUCUAAUGUUGAUGACCAACAUAGCUGUUGCGCAGAAGGUGCACAGUGACCGGUUUGAGUUCGUCUGCAAAAUAGCUGACACGUUAAUGAAGCUUCUCAUCACCGUUGAUCCAUGCGAGCAAUUAAAGAUACAAUACGUUCUUGAUCAGCUGCGUGUGAUGAUCAGCAACUAUCCCCAGUUGAUCUCAACCGGUCUUCAGCUGUUCGACUGGAAUCGUUCGAAGCUAGUGCAAUCGGAGAGCGUGGAGUUGCAAGACAACUUGCUGGCCAUGUUCAGUGCUGACAAUCUCCCGUUGCGUCAAUGGACCCCCAACAAGGAGGAUAUGGAUGUAUUGUUGAGCUGGUUCGAGUGCUUCCCAUUGGCGAAGGUGCUGCAUAAGGUAGCCGCGCAUCUGCUGUGUAGCAUUUACUACGGCGAGAACAGCUCUGGUCAACUCGCUGUACCGCGGGAGUGGCAGCUCGAGAUGGUGCGAAAGAUCGUCGUUACCUGCCGGCGGCUCGCCGAGACGAUCUACGUGGACAAGUCGGCGCCGGAUUACCUGGAUUUUGCCAAGUUCGAGAUACGCUGUCGUACUAUUCUGAUGCAUUGUCGUGUGCAUGCAAUGGACCAGCCGACGGCGGAUGUGCAGCGCACACUGCAAGACCCGGCCCGUGCACUCGAUGAACGCUUCGUGCGCCACCUGUCCGACGAGCCGACCCUGCACUCGGGCAUUGCCGCGCGAUGCAGCGUUUCAUCACUUGCCGCGCUGCUCAUUACCACCACCGGCCAUUGGGUGCCCAUAUUUUGUCUCGAGGGGUUGCCGUUGUUAAAAACACUCUACACGCCGAACGAUCCCAGAUUUGUGAUUCGCUGCCUCGAGUUGGUUGUACCGUUGGUUGCCUCCUGUCCCUGGUCACUGACGGGGAACGAUCAGUUUUUGCAGCUGAUGCGACCGCUCAUCCAGCAGGAUAGCAAUCCACCGGCGUCGAAUGCCGGACGCGAGCGUCCCAGCCUGCGGGCCAUGGUGCUAACCCAGAUCAGCCAGUACCGUCGCUACGGGUUCUUGUCACCGGCAGUUCUGGUCAAGUUUUGGUCAGAAUGCAUCGUGCGCGCGUCCAAGGAUAUUGCCACCGAUUUGGCGGGCUUGAGUCUGUUAAACGAGGUGGCGUGCUCCGCUCUCAAGCACCGCGACGCAUGGGCACAAAUGCGUCAAACACUGACGCCGAUGCUGAAGGACCCUGCAAAUCCACCCCGGCGCACGAGGCCACUGGUAGAUAAGAUCGCUAGUAUGUUUAGUCCCGUCCCAUCACCACCAGCGCUGUUUCUCGAAAUGUCGGUAGAUCACAUUGCACUCGUGUUGCUGGCGCUCGAGAUCGAGCAUGAUCAGAUGGAGGUUAAAACGGGCCUAUGGCCGGAGCUGCUGUACAAGCUGGAUGCCGACAGCUCGCUGGCGAUACAGCCGGCGCUCGCGCAAGUAGGCGCAGCUCUGCAGCUGCAAUACACACCCGUACCGCACAUGCUGGUCCUGUACAAGGCGGCCCGUGUGAUUUCGCAAGCCGAGCCGGCCCAUCCACUGUUUCCGCUGCUUUGUCAGCGAUUCUUUACCAUCCUGCUGGCGCGCCACGAGAAGGACGUUCCCGUGUACGGUGUGGCAGACCGGCUGCUGACGGUGGACGUGCCGCUGGUGGUGGACGUAAAGAAGCGUCUGCAUUGGGCCGAGGCACACUAUGCCAACCUCCAGCGCGACUCAUCCAGCGCGACGGGCCGGAGCGUGCGGGCGUUGUAUGCACGUUUGCAAAGCACCUUCCAAAUGUUCGCCCAUUGGCUGGCGGAUCGGCAGCUCAACGGAAUGUCGGCCGCCGAUCUAGACCGGCUUCCAGCGCAGUACUGCGUGCCGCGGCUGAAAAUGGCCUUCGCUGGCAAACAGGAUUUGUGGCUAGACCUGGUCGACUCCAGCGUACAGACAACGAAGGAAUCCCAAGCCCAGAAGCAGUGGAUCGCCGCGUACCGUAAGGGCAUGCAGCUUCCGGCGGCGGGUGCGCUGGCAGACUGUACCGCAGCAGCCAUCCGGCCUGCUGCGGACAAACGCGAGGCUGUGUUCCAACGACGGCUGGAGGGUUACAACAAACCUGCUCCGAUUCCGGAAGUAACCUUGGUCGAUAUGAAGUUGCUUCAGGCGGCGUUGAACCUUCCGUUCAACCAGCGGACGGAACUGAUUCUGAGCGGACUGCGAAAAAUCGAUCAGCACACGGAGCGCUUGUACUGGCGUACCAUCGCCGAGUUCAAGCGCUUAAAGCAAGAGAUCCUCGAGAAGACGAAGAUUCUCUACACGAACGAGCCGGGCACCGCGCGCGAGCAUGCGAAGUGCUCGAUCAUGUGCGAGGGGGCCGGAACGGUACACAUUCCAGUGCAGGUUGCCACGCGCAACGAACACAUCGUGCAGCGGCUGGAGGACGAUCGGCGCGACCUGGCGUCGACGGUGGAGGCGGCGAUCUACCUGCCGCCCCUCGUCAUGGACGAGAUCGUGCAGUGUCGUAUGCUGUGGAAGUCGUUGCUGUUAGACCUAACGCCCAACGAGGAAAAAUCGGUGCUAUGUAACAAGAUGGCGUGCAUGAUGAAACUCCUGCGGACCGCGUUCGAGAUGCUGCGAGAAGACUCCGCCGACCACCUAAACUACGCGGUGAAAGAUAGUUUUCUGCAGUGUUUUAAAUCGUACCCGGAACUGGCCUAUACGGAGGUAGCCACUCUGCUCAAAACAACCUUCAAACAGCGCCGGAAGCCACCGACCACCGUCACGGACCUGUUGCACGUUGAAGACAUCCCGAUGGGGCCAAUGAAAGCGAUCUACGAUGUGUUGACGACCUGCAUCAACAGGAAAAAGCAGGCUUUGUUUAUUCAACUAUUCGGAGCCGACGGGUUUGAUAUAUCCCACUGGCUUACGAACGCAAACGCAGAUGCGUCGGACAUUGCCAGCUUCAUCACGUUUACAUCGCGGCCGUUGUUAAUGGAAGGAGAGGACAGUCGUGGUGGAACGGAGGCGGCCCACAUCUACGAGAGGUUUUAUCGGAUCGUGGUAAAACAUACGAUCCUGCUGGCAUUCCACGCGUUCCCGGUGAACUUCUGCCCGGUACUUAUGAUUAUGCUGACCGCAGUGUGCGGGAAGACGGCGACAUCGCCGAUGAUACUGCAAGAUCUGGUUAACGUCAUUCGCAUAAAGUUGGACAUGGCGCCCAUUUUCCAGCCGAUGGCCGACGCCGACCUACGAGUGGCACACUGGGAGAUGGCCACGGUAAACAGCGCCAGCAAGGAACCGUUAAUCCGAAUGGCUGAUAGUGUCAUCGAAAUGCUCACUAAAUAUUUCGGCAAUCAGCGUGGUAAGAUCAGCGAUGCUAGCGGUCUAUACCCGCAUUACCAGCAUCGGGUAAUGGAGGUGGCGUCGCUGUUCAGUGCCUUCGCGCACAUCUACUGCAUGGAGCAGGCAAAGCACAAUAAUUUGCGUCGUCAUACGCUUAAUACCGUAUGCGGAUUGUUCGAGCCAUGGUUGGUCCCCUAUACGGUAAAGAAUGCUAAAGGGGAUUCGUGGCUUAUCAUGCCAUGGAAUAACGAGGGCGCCAAAUUGGCCUCGCACAUGCUCAACACGAUGGUCCAAGUGUUCCUGUCGAUGAUGAAAAUGGCGGAGAAGAAUUCAAAGUCUGUCAUAGAUAGCGAUGAAAUAAUCUUCUACGUGUUACAGUGGUACAGUGAACACUUUAGUGGCUUGCCAGUGACGGAAACGGUGCUGCAACCGGUGCAUGCAGCUUUGUUGAAGCUACCUUGGGAUAACCUGCUGCCUGCGAGUCGCCUUGUUUCGUGGCUCAACAAUGUGGUUAAGCUCAAUAAGCCGGAGCAGAUCAAAUUCGCGUGUAACGUGUUUAUAGGCUGCGCGUGGACGCAAUUCCAUAGCGACUGGCUAAACGAUACGGAUAGAACGCGCUAUAUUCUACUUAUAUUCUGUGUAGACAUGGCAUGCGAUUUCACAGUGCGUCAUGACGAGCAGCUCGAACACGCCGUCGCGAAGGUGCUGGGUGAUAUAGCGCAACUACCAUGGGCCAACAUGCCCAGCCCGGACUUGGAAACGGUCAUUGAUUAUUACACAUUCAUCGCUCAAUCCAGCAUCGUGCUGCGUUCACCAACGGCCCCACAUCGCCAGCUAAAUGAGGCCCUCAUUGAGCUGUUGGAGGUUGUAUCGGGUGUGAGCAGCAAUUCGAUAAACCCUCUGAAGGUGGAUUCCGACGGUACCGUCAAGCGUGCGGUCUACAUCCGAACUGCCAUGCGCCAGUUGGCGGAAGUUGCAGCGAUACCCAAUAAAACGGCAGCGGUAACGAAUGUCAAGCUGCAGGUUGCUGAAACCAUGCGUACCAUACUCGGCAUUGUCAUUCGGCCGUUGAAGGCCGUCCUCCCGGAGGACAACACAGACGCCCAUGUCCAAGUGCAGCUGCGCGAGGCACGGGCCUUACUUACCGCAAUGGUGAUGGGUAUCCGCGAACACACGUCCCUACACCAACCAUUUUCCACCGCGCUCAUCGAACUGCUGACGUCCGACACCCACGCUUCCAUUCGCAAGCCGUUGGCGCAUGGAUUGCUGGGUGUUAUGAAGCUUUUCGCUGAAAGAACGGCCAACCUAAUGGCUCUUAUGGAGGUAACUCUGUUCAGCUGCCUGAACGCAUCGGCAAAUGUUGUAGAGGGCGGCACGAUUUCGUGGGAGCAGGCACUGGAGCUCGUUAGCGAAAAAGUCGCCAAGAUAUGGGCACCACCGUUGCUGGCCGGCGAAGGGCAUGUCCUUUGCCUACAGCUGCACUUUUUGGCUCAUUGGCGCGAUGCCGCUGCCAUCUCCCAGGGGACAUCGGCGAAAAAGCACAUUCAGCUGCGACAACUGCUACGACACAUAAAAAAUGUGAAUAAGGAAACGGAUGUGUACCACAUCUAUCCGCUCUGGGUCACCAUGAUGUACGGGUUGCUCACACUGGCACCUACGACGGACACAGCAUUCAUGAACGAGUUGGUGGAAAACUUCCGCGAGUAUCUCUCGCUUAUCGGGCAGCAGUGCUCGCCACGCGGCUGGUUUGGCGGGUUCAUGCACACGCUGAUGGCAGGAAAGAAGAUACCGGCCGUAUCCCACCGCACCAUUGCUCUGGGGUUAAACUGCUGCAUUAGCAUCGCGUACCGGACACUGCAAGCAACUGAGAAAGAAGGUAGCGACAGCGGAGCUGCAUCGGUGGAUCCAACAGACACUCUGCGAUCGUUGACCGCGGAACCAGAUGCCGUUCCGCUUCGCGAACAAAUCGAAGAGCUGGUGGAGAGUCUUCCGCCCCAGCUUGAGCUCGACGCGACGAUGGCCCUGGCUGUCAAGAUUUGUAAUACCUUCGAUUCCCGUGCGGCGCAAAUUCUUUCCACCGUCCUCCACGCCUUGGGGGGUCAUUAAAUGACAUGUCAUCAUAUGCUUAGCUUUACUAUAAUCAAAUCAAAAACAUUCGUCCGGCGACGAAAGACAGGGGGCCUUAAGGAAGUAGCGUGACAGAGGGUAGAUUUAUGAACUAUUACCAAGCCAUCUUACUAGGCUGACGAUGUGAUUUGAGCCAUACUAGUGAUAGUAGACACCCGUGUUUGCACAUUGUUGGCGCAACACUUGAUCUUUUUCAUAUAUAGAACUGAUUUUAUAUCAUAUUAAACGACAUGAAUUAAGUCGUUUGAAUUAUUUCUCCCUUAUGGGAGAUUCUUUUAAAUUGGUUGAUUUUUUCAUAUUUUACGACGAAUAAAAUUAAACGGCGGACACCAAA